ACACACUGCUUCAGCCAUCCUGCAGCUUUUUGACACUGAGAGAACCUCCAGUUUCUCAGUAACUGGAUGGAAAUGUCUGACACAGUCAAACCGGUGACGUCUUUCCUCAUUGAGGACAUCCUUUCCAGUAAGGACAGCACAAGAUUAAAUGGUAAAUGCUGCUCACAGAAGAAGGGAAAAUAUCCACAGUGGAGGGAAGAAUCUGAAAAGCUGUCGGCACAACUCUGUCAACAGGAUUCAUCAUUUGGAGUACAGACAGAGUCUCUGGAAACAUCCUGUCCCAGCACCUCAGAGUCAAGCUUUUCCUCCAGUGGGAAACAGAAGCGCUCCAGGGCUGCAUUUACACAUCUCCAAGUGCUUGAACUGGAGAAGAAAUUCAAUCACCAAAAAUACCUGUCUGCCCCUGAGAGGGCUCACCUGGCCAACACCUUAAGACUGACUGAGACCCAGGUGAAAAUCUGGUUUCAGAACAGACGGUACAAAACCAAACGAAAACAGCAGACAUCAGAGUUCUGUAAGGAUGUGUACAAAGCAGAGGGACUGGGCUUGAGAGAGGAAUUGGUCAGAUCAUCACUAAUUACCUCCUUCUGUAAAGCUUAUCAAUACAGACCCUACCUAUGGGACUACAGUGGUGCCUGGGGCCAAGUGCUAUGGUAAAAAUGAACCAUGAUUUAUAAUGAACUAGUGCUUGAAUUGUAUGUUCUAUGUUUGACCCAUUAAAUGCCACAGAUUAAUUCAGUGACUGUCUCUGCUAAAAGAAAACCAUGUUAACUAAAAAUCGAAUGUUUUUGGGCAUGACAAGAGUUUGCACAGUGAAUCAUCACUGAAAGGAGUUGCGGCAUUGUUGAUUUAUUCAUUAAUAAAUUAUUAUUGAUACAGUUUACUUUUGUUUGAA